AUGGCCUUCAUCCGCCGCUUUUUCCGCCCGGGCGCGGGGAAGAAGCAGCAGGAGCGGCCGCGGGGCCACGGGCGCGUGCGGCGCGGCGCAGACCCCGAGGACAUGUGGCUGCUGCUGGGCGAGCUGGGCGCCGGCGCCUUCGGCAAGGUCUUCAAGGCGCAGCACAAGGUGACGGGCGUCCUGGCGGCAGCCAAGGUCAUCCCCAUAGCGAGCGAGGAGGAGCUGGAGGACCACGCGGGGGAGAUCGACAUCCUGGCCUGCUGUGACCACCCCAACGUCAUCAAGCUGCUGGACGCGCUCUACUGGGACGGGCGGCUCUGGAUCCUGGUGGAGUUUUGUGCAGGAGGAGCCAUGGAUGCCGCGAUCUUGGAGCUGGAGAGAGGCCUGAGCGAGGAGCAGAUCCGGGCGGCGUGCAGGCAGCUGCUGCAGGCGCUGCACUACCUGCAUGGCUGCAGGAUCAUCCACCGCGACGUGAAGGCCGGCAACGUGCUGCUCACCGCGCGCGGCGAUGUCAAGCUGGCCGAUUUUGGUGUCUCAGCCAAGAACUCCAGCACUCUCCAGCGCCGAGGGUCCUUUAUCGGCACCCCGUACUGGAUGGCCCCCGAGGUCGUGCAGUGCGAGACGUCCAAGGAGAACCCCUACGGCUACAAGGCCGACAUCUGGUCCCUGGGCAUCACGCUCAUCGAGAUGGCCGAGAUGGAGCCCCCGCACCACGAGCUCAGCCCUCUGCGGGUGCUGCUGAAGAUCGCCAAGUCCCAGCCGCCCACCCUGCGCCAUCCCAAGCGGUGGUCUGAGGACUUCCAGGACUUCCUGAGGAAAUGCUUGGAGAAGAGCCCCGAGGCGCGCUGGUCGGCCGGCCGGCUGCUGCAGCAUCCCUUUGUGGCCGAGCCCCUCGGCAGGCGGCCGCUCCGGGAGCUGCUGGCCCAGGCCCGGGCGCAGGCGCUGGACGAGGAGGAGGAGGAGGAGGAAGAGCAGCGGGCCCAGCUGCCCAGACACGGAGGCUCCUCCGUGGGCUCCUUGGACGCCACGGAUGGAGCCGCAGCAGAGGCGCGAGGAGCAGCCGUGCCGGUGGCUCCCGCCGCCCUGCGCGAGGAGGACACACGGGAGCCUAUGGAGCAGCCUCAGGACACCCGUGCCGGUGCCCGAGAGGAGCCGGGAAGGGGUGUCCACCGCGUGAGGUCCACGAAGGCGUCCGACUCGCUGAAGCAAGCGAGGAGGAAAUCCGCACCCAUUGCGGUGGGCGCUGCGAGGCUCCCUCCGGAAAGACCCUCCGGAUUCCUGGGGCUGGGGAGGCGCGGGUCGUGCGUGGCAGGAUUCAAGUGCCAGGAAGCUGCCAGCAGGAGGCACGGGGCGGAUGGAGGGGAGCCGGGGCAGGUGCUGCCGGGUGCCCUCCAAGGGCCACGAGCCCCGAGAGAAGAACUUGAAGGACAUCAAGAGGAGCGCAAGGCUCUGGAGAGCCCCCCCAAGGCGGCAGAGCUCCCCCCAGGGACACGCGACGCAGGGGACACUGCUGAGGGGCAAGGGCGGAGCGCGGAGCACGUUGGACUCCUGGAAGAGGGACACCAAGCGGCUGUUGCGACCCGAACGAAAGCCACCUUGUCCCCACAGCGUGACCCUGGGGAGAAGCCAAGGGGGAAUGCAGCUUGCGCGUCCUUGGCGAUGCCCGCGGCCUGGGGCUGGAGCAGGAGCCGCUCGGCAGAGCCGCUGGGCGGGCGCCCGGUCGCCGCGGCAGCUCCGAGGAGCAGCCUGGCUCCGGAGCGGCGCCCGGAGCGUGGUUGUGGCGGCAGGUCCGGAGCCAUGCCAUGUACGACCGGGGGCUCCCCGCUGGUGGCGGCCCUGGACCUGGGCUGCGUCCUCAGCCGUGGGCAGCGCUUCCGAGGGUCGGUGGCCGAGCUCGGGAAGGGGUCGUCGCCGGAGCCCGGGGCUGCUGGGCUUGAGCUGUGGACGGAGGGCGGCUCCCAUGGGAUUGGAAUGUGGGGAACCAGCCCUGGAGAAGAUGGGCAUGGAGCUGAGAGAGCACCCGAGGGAGCUGGGCGCGAUGGAGAGCCUGGUGAGCCUGACUCCGUGCAGGAGAAGGUGCCACCAGAAGAAACGCUGCUCGUGCAGAGUGUGGCAGAGGUGACGGCGGCUUCGGAAGAGCUCCGGGGGUGGCAGGAGCCACCGGCAGGACCCGAUGAGCCUGGAGAGGGAGCCAGCCGGGGGAGAAGCCCAGUGGCGCUGGAGUCCACCACCAGCUCCUCGGAGCUGGCCAAGCGGCACGCAGGGCGCGGGGAGGAGGAAGCUGCGGACGCUGUGGUGGGUAACCACCUCCGUGAAGAUGAUCAGCGUGCGGCGGUGGGAACUUCUCCCGAGGGAAUGCCGGUGCCGACAGGAGUGAUCCCGGAGGACGCAAGGGAGUGUUUCGCUGGAGACCCCAGUCCUGCAGGAGAUGCCCUUGGUGGGGAAGGGUGGCCUGGCGGAGACAGCCUGGAGGCAGAGAGUGCAGCACAAGCAGAAGAGGAAUUGAUGCCCGAGGAAGCCCAAAACGGGACAAAAGACUCAUUCCCUAAGGAGAUCCCAGGUGCAGAGAAAGAGGAGACAAGACAGGAGAAAGUGGAAAAUGGCUCCAGAGAAAAGCAGCGCUUGGCUGGUUACAGUAAUGAAGGCGAGAAGCAAGAUGGAGCUGGAGAGGAUGGGAAAGGAGAGAGGAAUGUGCUUGGAGAUCUUGGGGUGAAGGUUGCUCCAGCUCCUACAGGGCCAUCAAGAGGUGGAUCCAGAGGAGAAAUGGGUGACCCGGGCCAUGGAGAGGUGGCAGAGCCCACGGAGCGUCGUGGUGGGCACCCAAAGGCCGUGAGGACUGUGAGCUUUGCUGCCCUGCGUCGCUCUUCCUCCUGGGUGGCCUGGAGAGUAGAGGACACCCCAGACGCCCACUCCGGGCCCGGCUCUGCCUCGGAGCGAGGAGAGGAGCCAUUGCCUCCGUCAAGACCUGGGGACGCGCACGCUCCGCUCUCCUCUGUGGGGGACACCCAGCAGGAACCUCCCUCCCUCCCAAGGACGGUGGAGAAAACCUGCAGAUUGGCCGUGGAUGGAGAGGAGGUGAGUGUGACCACCGCCAAGACCGCCAGCAAGGCCGAGACGAGGGAGGAGAAGAUACGCUCUGCUCGGCGCCAAGUGCUCCACGAGCUGCGGCUGCUGCAGAAGGAGGAGCAGAGGGCGCAGAGCCAGCUGGAGCAGAGGUUCCAGCAGCAGCGGGAGCAGCUCUUCCGGCACAUCGAGCAGGACAUGACGAGCAAGAAGCAGUACUACGACCAGGAGGUGGAGAACCUGGACCGGCACUACCGGCAGCUGAAGGAGCGCCAGGAGCAGGAGCACACGGUGAGGCUGCGCGAGGAAGCCAAGCGCCUCAAGGGCCUCCAGGAGAAGGACGGCAAGAGGAGGAUGCCGGAGCUGCAGGGCAACAAGGCAGAGGAGCAGCAGCUCCUGCAGCAGCAGCAGGAGGAGCUGAACGCAGCCUUGCAGAGGGUUGUCCAGGAGCAUAAGAAGAAGGUGGCGGCCGUUGACUGGGAGUGCAUCGGCAAGAUCCACAGCCUCCGCAGAGCCCGCGAGUCCACGGUGUGGAGCACGGAGCAGGGACACCUGCAGAAGAAGUACCAGCUCUUCAAGCAGCAGGUGAAGGAGCAGCACGCGCUGCAGCGGCAGCAGCUCCGCAAGCGCCACGAGAAGGAGAGGGCGCGGAUGAGCCGUUUCCACCACUUCUUGCUGGAGGAGCUGCGGAGCCAGCAGGCCCAAGAGCGGGCUCAGCUGCUGAGACGCCAGCGCUGCGAUGCCAAGGCCCACCUCGUCCUCUUCAAGGGCAACCUGAAGAGCCAGGAGGUUAAUGGGGCCGAGCAGAAGGAGAGAGCUAAGCAGCGUCUCCCUUCCCACGCGCCCUUCGCCCGCUCCCAGAGGGAGAAGAUGCAGCUCCUGGCAGAGCAGGAGCAGCGGCAGCUGGCGCGGCUGGAGGACGAACACGCCAUGGAGCUGAGCGAGUGGAAGCAGCGGCUCGCGGCCCGCCGCGAGCUGCUGGAGGAGGAGCUGGCCAGCUUCCUGCCCGAGCAGCGGCCAACAGCGAGGCACGGCGCCCGCGGCAGCAGGAUCUCCCGCUUCUUCCACCUCCCCUCCUGA